CAACUCGGUGUUUGCGUUCUGCAAUAUUCUAGAAUCUUUUUCCAUUGUGACGUCCAGAAGUCUGAGAUCCGAGUUGGAACGUUAACGCACUAUUGUUCAAUAAUCAACGUUACCUGAGUAUUUAUUUGGCGUUAUUUGGAGUAGCUUACCGUAUUAGAACACUUAAAAUGUCUUUGUGUGUUAAUGUGAAUGUAUAAUCAAAUGUCAGGCGGGGAAUGUUGGUCAUUCCACAACGGAGUUCAUUCCCGUCAUUCGCGUUCAGUUUGCUUGCUGCUAGAACGGCAGGGAAAGGAAAGAACGCGCCGCAAAAAAAAAAAGAAAGAAAGAUGAGGGCCAGGUUGUCGCUAUUGACUGUUCAGUUGUUCACUGUUGUCAUUUGUAUGCACGUUUUGUCAGGAAUGUUCACGUAUGCGUGUUUUGUCACGAUAACACGGGUGUGAACGCAACGCCGUGACGUGAGCCGAGCGGGAGUGAAGCUGCUGUCCGGGAAUGGAAACAUAACGGCGUGGAGAGCAACAACAUGACGGACGCAGAUGCGCCAUCUCAGAGCGGCGGCUACGACGUGGAGCGGUUUGUGGACACCCCGGACUACGACCUCAUCUGCACCAUAUGCCAGGGGGUCCUGCGGUGUCCGGUUCGAGCGGCUUGCCACCACGUCUUCUGCAAGAAAUGUAUUCUGCAGUGGCUCAAGAGACAGGAGACUUGCCCCUGCUGCCGAAAGCCGAUUCACGCGGGCAUGAUCUUUGUCAUGUUCAAACUGAGCAAGUCCAUUGGACGCAUGAAGAUAAAGUGUAAGAACGAGAUCCGUGGCUGCGCGGCGACGCUUCCCCUCUCGGAGCAAUACUCCCACAGCCUGAACUGCUUGUACGAGCUGGUACCUUGCCCGUACGCCGGGUGCCGGGCGCAGCUGCUCCGCCGCGACCUGGAGACUCACGCGCGCCACUGCGAGCACUGGCGCCAGCAGUGCCACAUGGGCUGCGGCACCGUGCUGUGCCACCGCACGCGGGCGCAGCACAACUGCUACAUGGAGCUCAAGCUGCAGUACCAGGCUAAGAGCAGGAACCACGGGGCCAUCGCCGCCGCCCUGCAGCGCAAGAUGAGGAGGAUGCAGAACACCAUGGCGCACAUGAAGAGGCAAAUGGGGCUAAUAUGCGAGAGUCUGCAGGUCACGGACGAGCUGCACAAGGUGAACGAGGACUCCGGGGAGGGCACCUCCAGAUCCGCACGGACCAGAUUCAGCAGCGACGGCUGACGGUCGAGGGAAGAACAAUUCCUGCUGCCGCGUUUCUAAAUGUGUUCAUUUCAAUUGAUGUCGUGUGUUGGAAUAUGCAGCUCGGUUGAUCAUCACAUUAAACUGAGUGAAUUUGUAACAUUUGUGUGCUCAUAUUGUAAAUAAAACGAGGAUUACUAAACAUGCAACUAUAUGGACUAAUGGACUAAAAAUACAGUACAUUUUUCACACAAAGUGUCCUUUUUCAAAAACUGAAAUUGAAAUAUUUAUUUUCAUUGUAAAGAAAGCAAAAUAUGUUUACCUUCAAAGUUUGGGAUGUCAAUAUUAACAGAAAUGUC